UAUACUAAAUGAUUUCAGAUAAGGAUGAAGAUGAAAUUAAUUCUGUUGUUUAUAUCAAUGUUGGCUUGUACUUGUACACAAGCUAGAAGAGAGAAGAAUUGUGGGUUAACUUGCUACAGAUGGGGUAAAUGCAUGGGUCAGCUCGAUGGAACAAACAGACCUGGACAGCUGGGAGAUACUGGUAUUAUCGUACUCAAUACAUGCUCACCAAUCGAGAAAGGCUGUGACUGUUUAACCUUCCUCGAAGCUGAAAAGACAACAACAACAACAACAACAACAACAACAACAGCUGCCCCUGCUUCAGCUUAUGGAUCCUCUAGGAGUGGACUUUCCCGAGUUCGAAACCAUCUUAGGGUGCCAAGAAAACUGGAUCAAGAUCUUUACAAGGAAAUUGAAGAGAAGGCAUCUAUUGUUCAAACUAGAGAAGUGAGUUCUUUGAAACCAACCCGUCAAACCUAUAGACAGAGAACUGGAAUUAGAAGCAGCUUUGGACGCUCUUCCAGUUCUGGAAACAGCUACACCAGCUCUGCAAGCAGCUCCACCAGCUCUGAGAGCAGCCCUGUUAGCUCAGUGAGCUAUAGUACGUCUAGCUCUUCAAGUAAUAGUUCAUCCUACUCUACUAGCAGGAAGUCGAACAGAAAUGGAGAUGAAAGCUCUACCCCGAGUAUUCCUGCGACAACGAGUAAAUCAGCCAGAAUAUCUGCAGCCCGCAGAAACUUGUUCAAUAGUGAGAGAAGACGAUCUCUCAGAUUUAAACAUUAAACAGAUUUUGA